AACUGUGACCUUUGUUCGAAUCAACACUGGCAUGCAGUGGCAUGCAGCUCAGAGCUACUGCAGAGAACAUCACUCAGACCUCGCCAGUGUGAGGAACUGGAUGGAUAACCAGAAGAUCAACCAGCUGUUACCAGCAGGAGCUAAAGUCUGGAUCGGUCUGUAUCGAGAUACCUGGAAGUGGGUGGAUGGAACAAACCCCUCAUUCAGGUUCUGGAGGGACAAUGAACCCAAUAACAAAAACAAUAAUGAGAAUUGUGCUGUUGCAAACUUUGGAAAUGGUGGGAAAUGGGAGGACUGGACCUGUGCUUACAAGAACGCCUUCAUAUGUUAUACUGCCUUUCACACUAAGCAGGUAAUAAAACUGAAGCUGGCGUUCUCCUCCUCUGUGGAUCAGAAUAAGUCUGCUGAAGACCUGCUGAGGAAGCUGAAGCAGAAGAUGCAGGACAGCGGAGUGAAAGGAGACAUCAAGCUGAGCUGGAGGAAACAACCAGAUGGACAGAUCUUCAUCAAGGAAAAUAACAACAGAGAUUAAUAUUAAAUUGAAAGUUGUUGAUUUUAUUCUUUAUUGCUUGUUUAGAAUUUAUAGGUACAGGUAAUUAAAACCAAGCUUGAUUUUAGGUCAUGUUAAGGAGAUCGUUCUUUAGAGAGAUAAUGAAAAUGAAUAAUCAGAUCUGUCCUUCAGGAUUUUUUAAAUAAAUCACUUUUCUUUUCU